GUUAUUUUUAAUUUUUUAUUUCAGUUUUAAACACAUAUACACCAUUUAAAACACAUCACUAUGGAGUAUGAUCCACAAAGUGAGCCAGGUACUGAUGAACAAAGUACAGGUGCGACAGGUUGGCGAAAAUGGAUUCACUUUGGUUGGAUAAAAACUCCGUUGGGAAUUCUAAAAAUUGCAGAAUUUGUUGUUGUGCUGUUGGGUUUAAUUAUCAUGUCUACUGUGAGCGAAACUGAAACAAUUAGUUCAAUUGAGUUCUUUAUCUUUGUUCUCACAACAACCUGGAUUUUCAUUUUGAUUACUAUUAUAUUGCAUAUAUUGAAUUUGUACCAUCGUCUUCCUGCAAUUGUCACUAGUAAUAUUGUUAUGCUUGUUUGCUGUGGUGUGGGAUCUAUCUUCUUAAUGAUUUGUUCUGGUGUUGUCAUGGGAAAACAUUCUGAACACAAUGCUGUUAUGAGUGCUGGCUCGUUUGGUUUAAUCGCAAUGUUUUUUUUCAUCUUUGAAGCAGUAUAUUACUUGAUACAGCUCAGACGAAAUGGUGCUGUACCUGGUAGAGCUUCGACGGAACAAAAAUUCGACAACAAUCCUCAAGCAUUACCUUAUUAAAUGUAAAUUGUGAUAUGAAUAAAUCCAGUAUUUUUAUAAAAUAUGUUUAUAAAAUCUGUACAGAUUCUUUCUUUCUAGUCACAUGUUUACCCUAAACAUUGUAAAGCCCACAUGUAUAGUAUGACGGAAUAGUUUUGAAAUAUGACUAAAUAAGAUA